AGAGCUGAGCUGCAGAGGCAGCAGAGGCAAAGAGAAGACAGAGCUCCAACUCCCGAUCAGUGAGACAUAGUCUGACAGACAGGCAGGCAGACAGACAGGCACACGGACUGACAGACACAUGCACCGCCGGACCACCAUGGACUGGAUCGGGACAGAAAAACCGGUCUCCGGAUGAGACAGGACGGCCUGGCUUCUGUGUUUUGGGGGAACUCUGCUGUAGAUACGUGGAAUAACCGACAACAUAUUGGGAGAUUUAACCCCGUGCUACCCGUGAUGGAAUAUUUACACUCUUCUCAUUUUGUCAAAUGUAUCUUCUCUUCCUCCUCCUUCUCCUCCUACACCACCUCCACCUCCUCUCCUACAUAUCCUCUCACAAUUUGACACGCUGCUGAAGAUGCGCACGAAUGCGUCUUUUGCGCACUUCCAUUGCGACCGUCACUGACAGCGCCCGUGCUUGGUAACCUUUUGAAACCUUUCUUUUCUUAAGUCAAGUGGGGGAGAGCGGAGAAAGAAAGAAAGAAAGAAAGAGGGAGAGGGGGAGAGAGAGAGAGAGAGAGAGAGAGGGCGAACGAGGUGUGAAUUGAAUUGAACGCGGUGCUGGUCUCAUGUUUCUUGCCUAGGGCCCGGAUGUACCGAGAGAUGCACCGGUGCGUUUUCCCAACCGGUUCCGCCGAAAGCUCCUUCUUUUUUCAAGCCUUCACCUCCAUCAUGGGGAUUAGGUAAUAUUCACUCCAUCCGAAGACACCCUCCCCAUCAAGAAAAAUAACGGAAUACCCAAGACUGUCCGUGUCAGACAGUUCCUUCCCCCUUUCCCCCCUUUUUUAAUUUCUUUAUUUUUGGGGGCUGUUUUUCCUCAGCCUCUCCAGCUUUGCUUGCCCUCUCUCUCUUCCAUUCGCCUAUAGGGAUAACGCCGGACUACAUUUAUGGUAAAUGAAAGAAAAAACAUGUACAUCCCGGAGGACACCCUUGAGAACCAUCAAGGCUCCGACUACUCCCCCCCUCCGCCCCUCCCUCCCCCGGCUCUCACCAACGAGCUCAGCGGCGUGGGCGACCACGGCGGGGGAGGGGGCGGGGUCAACCACGGGGUGGGCGUGGUGGGCCUGGCCCCGGAGCACAUCGCCACGCCGGGGGCCGCCCUGAGCUGGCAGGCGGCCAUCGACGCCGCGCGGCAGGCGAAGAUAAUGGGCAACCCCGCGUCGGGCGGAGGGGCGGGGCUCGGGACGGGAGGGGGCGGGCCCAUCUCCACGGCCAGCUCCACGCAGCGGAAGAGACAGCACUACAGCUCCAAGCCCAAGAAACAGACGACCACGACGGCCACCAGGCCGCCACGGGCCCUGCUGUGUCUCACACUCAAGAACCCCAUCCGCAGGGCCUGCAUCAGCAUCGUCGAGUGGAAACCAUUUGAGAUCAUCAUCCUGAUGACCAUUUUUGCCAACUGUGUGGCCUUAGCCGUCUACAUCCCGUUCCCGGAGGAUGACUCAAACGCCACCAACUCCAACCUGGAGCGGGUGGAGUAUCUGUUCCUCAUCAUUUUCACGGUGGAGGCUUUCUUGAAGGUAAUAGCCUACGGCCUGCUCUUCCACCCCAACGCCUACCUGAGGAACGGCUGGAAUCUGCUGGACUUCAUCAUCGUGGUCGUGGGGUUGUUCAGUGCGAUCUUGGAGCAGGCCACCAAGGGGGACGGCGGCACGCCUAUCGGCGGGAAGGCGGCGGGCUUCGAUGUCAAGGCCCUGAGGGCGUUCAGAGUACUCCGACCCCUCAGACUGGUCUCCGGAGUACCCAGUUUACAGGUUGUGUUGAACUCCAUAAUCAAAGCCAUGGUUCCUCUGCUCCACAUCGCCCUGCUGGUCCUCUUCGUCAUCAUCAUCUACGCCAUCAUUGGCCUGGAGCUCUUCAUGGGCAAGAUGCACAAGACCUGCUCUUACCACAUAGGCACCAUAGCAGAGGAAAAGCCGGCGCCGUGUGCACCCGAUGGAGCUUUCGGUCGGCCCUGUAAACACAACGGCACGGAGUGCCGGGUGGGGUGGGAGGGGCCAAACGACGGCAUCACCAACUUUGACAACUUCGCCUUUGCCAUGUUGACGGUGUUCCAGUGUAUAACCAUGGAGGGCUGGACGGACGUGCUGUACUGGAUGCAGGACGCUAUGGGCUAUGAGCUGCCGUGGGUCUAUUUUGUCUCUCUCGUCAUCUUCGGCUCCUUUUUCGUGCUCAAUCUCGUUCUGGGGGUGUUGAGCGGAGAGUUUUCCAAGGAGAGAGAGAAGGCCAAAGCACGUGGUGACUUCCAGAAACUCAGAGAAAAACAGCAACUGGAGGAGGACCUCAAGGGCUAUUUAGACUGGAUCACUCAGGCUGAAGACAUCGACCCAGAGAAUGAGGAGGAGGGCAUGGACGAUGAUAAACCUCGGAACCUGAGCAUGCCGGCCAGCGAGAACGAAUCGGUCAACACGGACAACGCCCCCGGGGGAGACGUGGAGGGGGAGACCUGCUGCACCCGGCUGGCAAAUAGGAUCUCCAAAUCCAAGUUCAGUCGAUACUCUCGGAGGUGGAACAGGCUGUGUAGGAGAAAGUGCCGGGCGGGGGUCAAAUCCCAGUUUUUCUAUUGGCUGGUCAUCUUCCUGGUUUUCCUCAACACCCUGACCAUCGCCUCUGAACAUCACCAGCAGCCUCAGUGGUUAACUGAUGUCCAAGACAUAGCCAACAAGGUGUUGCUGGCACUCUUCACUGGUGAGAUGCUGUUGAAGAUGUACAGUCUGGGUCUGCAGGCGUACUUUGUCUCGCUCUUCAAUCGCUUCGACAGCUUCGUCGUAUGCGGCGGGAUCCUCGAGACCAUCCUGGUGGAAACCAAGAUCAUGUCUCCUCUCGGCAUCUCUGUGUUGCGCUGCGUACGCUUGCUGAGGAUCUUCAAAAUAACCCGAUACUGGAACUCCCUGUCCAACCUGGUGGCCUCCCUCCUGAACUCUGUUCGCUCCAUCGCUUCCCUGCUGCUCCUGCUCUUCCUCUUCAUCAUCAUCUUCUCCCUGCUGGGCAUGCAGCUGUUCGGGGGGAAAUUCAACUUCGACGAGACCAGGCGGAGCACCUUCGACAACUUUCCCCAGUCGUUGCUCACUGUCUUUCAGAUCCUGACGGGAGAAGACUGGAACUCUGUGAUGUAUGACGGUAUCAUGGCGUACGGGGGACCGUCUUUUCCCGGCAUGCUGGUCUGCAUCUACUUCAUCAUCCUCUUCAUCUGCGGAAACUAUAUCUUACUGAACGUCUUCUUGGCCAUUGCUGUGGACAAUCUGGCAGACGCCGAGAGCCUGACGUCGGCCCAGAAAGAGGAGGAGGAGGAGAAGGAGAGGAAAAAACUCGCCAGGUUGGCCAGUCCAGAGAAGCGCCAUGCCAACGAGAAGCCGCCUCUGGAGGAGAAGAAGAAGAAGGAGAAGAAGAAGAAGAAGAAGAAGGAGAAGAUAGAGCUGAAGUCCAUCACCUCUGAUGGAGAGACAAACACUGCGACUAAGAUUACUAUGGAUGACUACUGUGGAGAAGAGAAUGAAGAGAAGAACCCGUACCCUGCCAAUGAUUACAUAGGAGACGAUGAGGACGAAGAGCCGGAGAUGCCGGUGGGCCCGAGGCCGCGGCCGCUCUCCGACGUCCAGCUGAAAGAGAAGGCCGUCCCCAUGCCCGAGGCCCGCGCUUUCUUCGUCUUCAGCCACACCAACAAAUUUAGGGUUCUCUGCCAUAAGAUUGUCAACCACAACAUCUUCACCAACCUCAUCCUCUUCUUCAUCCUGCUGAGCAGCAUCAGUCUGGCAGCGGAGGACCCCGUCCAGAACGACUCCUUCAGAAACCAGAUCCUGGGCUAUGCAGACCAUGUCUUCACUGGACUUUUCACCAUAGAGAUCAUUCUUAAGAUGACAGCCUAUGGGGCCUUCGUCCAUAAAGGCUCAUUCUGUAGAAACUAUUUCAAUAUUUUGGACCUGGUGGUUGUCAGUGUGUCUCUCAUCUCCUCUGGAAUACAGUCCAGCGCAAUCAAUGUGGUGAAGAUCCUGAGGGUUCUGCGGGUGCUCAGACCACUGAGGGCCAUCAACAGAGCCAAGGGUCUGAAGCACGUAGUGCAGUGCGUCUUCGUGGCCAUCCGGACCAUCGGCAACAUCGUCAUCGUCACCACGUUGCUCCAGUUCAUGUUUGCGUGUAUCGGAGUACAGCUCUUUAAGGGCAAGUUCUUCUUUUGCACUGACAGCUCUAAGCAAACUCACGCAGACUGCAGGGGUUCCUACAUAAUGUACAAGGACGGUGAUGUGGGGAAACCGGAAAGAGCCAACAGAAUGUGGAAGAACAACGACUUUAACUUUGACAAUGUGCUGCAAGGCAUGAUGGCCCUGUUUGCUGUGUCUACCUUCGAGGGCUGGCCAGAGUUACUGUACCGGGCCAUAGACUCGCACGCUGAGGACGUUGGGCCCGUCUACAACUACCGCGUGGUCAUCUCCAUCUUCUUCAUCAUCUACAUCAUCAUCAUCGCCUUCUUCAUGAUGAACAUCUUUGUCGGUUUCGUCAUCGUCACGUUCCAGGAGCAAGGCGAGCAGGAAUACAAGAACUGUGAGCUGGACAAGAACCAGCGUCAGUGUGUGGAAUACGCUUUGAAGGCACGUCCGCUGCGUCGCUACAUCCCCAAGAACCCUUACCAGUACAAGGUGUGGUAUGUGGUUAACUCCACCUACUUCGAGUACCUGAUGUUCACACUCAUCCUUCUCAACACCAUCUGUCUGGCCAUGCAGCAUCAUGGACAGACCAAAAAUUUCAAUGAUGCCAUGAACAUCCUCAACAUGCUCUUCACUGGACUCUUCACUGUGGAGAUGAUCCUUAAACUGAUCGCCUUCAAACCCAGGCAUUAUUUUGUUGAUGCAUGGAACACAUUUGAUGCCUUGAUAGUUGUGGGUAGCAUUGUUGACAUAGCGAUCACUGAGGUUAACCCAGCUGACUCCUCCUCGUCCUCGUCCUCUUCCUCCUCGCCCUCCUCUACCUCUUCCUCCUCUCACCCCCCUGUGGUAAGGCCAAUGGGACUGCAGAACUCUGAAGAGAACGCCAGGAUCUCCAUCACCUUCUUCCGGCUGUUCCGCGUGAUGAGGCUGGUGAAGCUGCUGUCUCGCGGGGAAGGGAUUCGGACCCUGCUGUGGACCUUCAUCAAAUCCUUCCAAGCUCUGCCCUACGUAGCUCUGCUUAUAGUGAUGCUAUUCUUCAUAUACGCUGUCAUCGGCAUGCAGAUGUUUGGUAAGAUAGCGCUGCGGGACCACACGCAGAUCAACAGGAACAACAACUUCCAGACGUUCCCUCAGGCGGUGCUGCUGCUCUUCAGAUGCGCAACCGGUGAGGCAUGGCAGGAGAUCAUGCUGGCGUGCACGCCUGAACGGCCGUGUGAGAAGGGAUCAACCAAUGAGAACAACAUGACCAGGACUGACCAGGACUGUGGCAGCCACUUUGCCAUCAUUUACUUUGUCAGCUUCUACAUGCUCUGUGCCUUUCUGAUCAUCAACCUGUUUGUGGCCGUCAUCAUGGACAACUUUGACUACCUGACGCGCGAUUGGUCGAUUCUGGGGCCGCAUCACCUUGACGAGUUCAAGAGGAUCUGGGCUGAAUAUGACCCAGAGGCUAAGGGGAGGAUAAAGCACCUGGAUGUGGUGACUCUGCUGCGCAGAAUCCAGCCUCCGCUCGGCUUUGGGAAGCUCUGUCCACACCGAGUAGCCUGCAAGCGUCUGGUGUCGAUGAACAUGCCUCUGAACAGCGACGGAACAGUGAUGUUCAACGCCACGCUGUUCGCCCUGGUCAGAACUGCACUCAGGAUCAAGACAGAUGGAAACCUGGAGCAGGCCAAUGAGGAACUGAGGGCGAUAGUGAAGAAGAUCUGGAAGAGAACCAGCAUGAAGCUCUUGGAUCAAGUAGUGCCCCCUGCUGGAGACGAUGAGGUAACAGUCGGAAAGUUCUACGCCACCUUCCUCAUCCAGGAAUAUUUUCGCAAGUUUAAGAAGAGGAAAGAACAAGGGCUUGUGGCCAAGGUGGCCCCCAAAACAGCCCUUUCUCUGCAGGCUGGCCUGCGGACAUUGCAUGACAUUGGUCCAGAGAUCCGAAGGGCCAUCUCUGGGGACCUGACGGUGGAGGAGGAGCUGGAUAAAGGCAUGAAGGAGCCUGUGUCGGCUGUAUCCGAGGAUGAUAUCUUCAGGGUAAAGCGUACGGGUGGCUUGUUCAGCAACCACGUCAACUACUACAACCAGAGCGACGGCCGCGCUUCCUUCCCACAGUCCUUCACUACCCAGCGUCCCUUGCACAUCAGCCAGAAGGGCUCGCCGUGCGAAGGCGAGAGCCCGUCCCACGAGAAGCUCGUGGACUCAACCACUUUCACGCCUUCCUCUUACUCCUCGUCGGGCUCCAACGCCAACAUCAACAACGCCAACAACACCGGCAUGGUCGGCGUGGCGACCCAGGGCAUCAGCCGAUGCCCGUCCAUAAGCACCGUGGACGGGCAGACGGGACAGCCGCUCACCCCCAUCCUGCUGCCGAGGUCCGCGUGGUGCUUCCCCCCAAAGAGGACGUGUUUUUUUGACAACCUGAUGCGCUCGGACUCGAGUGACAGCCGCCUGCCGAUCAUCCGCAGAGGCGAGGGCUCCACGGAGGAGACGUACGACGAGAGCUUCGCCGACGACAGGGAGUACCACGGGGACGACCACUCGCUCUCCUCUGACAUGCUGGUGUAUCACGACGAGACGUGUAAGCAGUUGGACCCCAUGGAGGAGGGAGAAGAGGUCGUGGAGAGAAGAGGAGGAGGGUGGCAGUCUCCCCGGAGAGUCUUCCUCUGCCCCACCACCCUGGCGCGGAGAUCGUCCUUCCACCUGGAGUGUCUCAGGAGACAAUCGAGGCCAGAUGUCUCCCAAAAGACGUCCGUGCCGCUACACCUCGUGCAUCACCAGGCUUUGGCAGUCGCGGGGUUGAGUCCUCUGCUCGGACGGAGCCACUCGCCCACCCUCUUCAGCCGGCUGUGCUCCUCGCCUCCAGCCAGCCCCACAGCGCAUGGCAGCGAUGCCUCGUACCAGCGGGUGCCCUCUCUGAGGCUAGAGGGCUCCAACUCCCAUGAAAAGCUCAACACCAGCUUGCCCUCUGUCAACUGUGGGCCCUGGUACAACGACAGUAACGGGAACAGCCGGGUGCCGAGUCCCAACCCCGGCGUGUCCAGUCAGAGGCCGCGGCCGGUGUCGCUCACGGUGCCCUCGCUACUGGGAAAAGACUCCAGCUCACUGUGUCACGGCAGUGCAGGCAGUCUGGUGGAGGCAGUGCUAAUAUCAGAGGGUUUGGGCCAUUUCGCCCAGGACCCGUCGUUCAUCGAGGUGACCAAAGCCGAGCUGGCCGACGCAUGCGACAUGACCAUCGAGGAGAUGGAGCGCGCCGCCAACAAUAUCCUCAACAGCAGCGCCGCCGCCAACGCGUCAUCCGGCGCCUCCUCCGCCUCCCAGCACAGCCCCAACGGCAACCUCCUCCCCUUCCACACAGCGCCAGCGACGCACAGGGACCAGCUGGCCAGGGAGGGCGGGGAGGAAGCCGGAGGAAGCAGAGGCUCCGUCCACGGGCCGUCCUCGCUGGAGGAGCGACAGGAGCUGCUCGCGGGGGGGAGGGGACGAGAGGAGGAGGAGGAGGAGGAAGAGGAGGAGGAGGAGGAGGAAGAAGAGGUGGCGGAGGGGCAGCACAGAAGCUCGGUUGUGAUUGGAGGAGCGCGGCAGAGGAACAGCAGGCUGUUAGAGGAGGAGGAUACGGAGUGUGUGACGAGUCUGUAGGAGUCGGACUGACGGGGUUCGAUUGGCCAACUCCUUGGCUCCUCUGACAUCAUCAGAGAGUGACGCUCGUCAGUGCUGGGUAACAACGCCGCGGCUGGCUCUGUCUGUCCCCUCCCCUCACACACACACACACACACACACACCCUCACACACACACCGUCUGCCUCUCAGCAAGACGUAACCGCUCUGGACGAUGGCGGCCAGUGACGCAACAUAAAACACCUGGUUCGGACUUUGUUGGUUUAUAAGAGUUUGUAUGUGUGAAUGUUAGUCAAGUAUACCACACUAUACUCUAUACUAUCUGAGUGUAUGCUUGUGUGUGUGUGUGUGUGUGUGUGUGAGAUCUAUGAUUUUCUCUAUUUGUACGUGUGAGUGAUCGAGUGUGUUCUGCACACGUGUCUGAGUGUGUCUCUAAAGUGCCUCACAGUUUUAUCACGUCCUCAAAGUGUGAAAAGAAAGGUAGACAUGAGCAAAAAAUAAAAGAGAGAGAGAGAGAGCAAAGUAAGGAUGAAGGAAAGGGAGAAAGGAAACAACAGCAGCAGGAAGUCCUUUUAAUGGGUUACUGCAGAUGAUAGUGUGUCUUUAUUGUUUUCAUUUCCUACUUUGGUGUUGUGUUAUUGUUGUUUGUCUGGCCGCCAUGAAGCCAGGUAGGGGACGGCAGACCAGCUUGUGGGGGGGGGGGGGUCAGUAAAGGAUCUGACCGCACAUUUGUGGUCAAUGGUCCAAUCCUCCUUCUGGGUUCACUGAUAAUGAAGCGCUGUAUUGAGUAAACGGGGGGGUGAGGAAAACCCUGUUUGAUAUCUCUUCCUCUUCCAAAGCUAAGGGACCUUGGAGCACAGCCCUGCCAGCCCUGGGGGUUGGGAUUAAGGUGACAUACCACCCUCAAUCAGAGGGGGGGGGGGGGGGGGGUUUGAGGGACGAACCGACAGCCGCGACUCGAAGAGGGACACCGUCUGGCCCCACGGGAAGCUAGCCCGCUCCCGAAGCCGCUGGUCAGUGAGACGCCAGCGAGGGACAACAAAAUGUGUCACCUUGAUCCGGGCUCCGCCUCCUCCGCCGCUUUUCCAUGAUUGGCCACGCCCACUCCUGCCCCAAACAGGAAGUGGGAAGAGCAUUCGGCGGCUAAGCGGAGACAGCGAGCCCCCUCCCCCCCCCCGCGUCCCCUUUUCUGCCUCAUACCUCGACGUCCCUCACUCCUCCCUCUCUCCUUCCGCCCUCCUCUUUGGUUACUUCACCAUCCCUCUUCCACCAUUGCUGGAUUUUUUUUUUUUUCGGUUUGCUUUUUCAGCACUCGGGAGGUGAUUGUGUCGAACAGGGCGACGGAGACGGAGGGAGAGAACGGGAGUGACCGAUUGAAAAUAAAAGAGACUCUGGGCAUGGAUCUACAGAGGGUCUGUCCUUCAGUCAAGCUCACUUCCUUCUAUAAGACCCUCCUCUUCCUCUCAGCGUGGAAUCCCAUUGGAUUUGCUGCCACACACUCUCUCCACAGACCACGCCCACUAUGUAUUUAACAGUUGAAUAUUGUGCAAAACUGGCUAGCCAUGACUAUUUCGUUUUAUAUUCAUGAUGUUAUUUGGUUUAAUUUAUCCUUGAUUUGUUUGAAAAAUCGGGGUGCUGGACUCAUAAAUGUAUUUUUGCUCAAUUUAUUUUAGGAGAAUUUUAAGAGGUUUUAAGUAUCGAAGCAGGGCGUAGUGUUUGCGUGCGAAUGUAUAACUAUAUCCGUGCGCGCGGGUGUGUGUCUGCGUUUUAGUACAGGACGUAUGUGUGUACGAACGAAUGGUUUGCGAUAGCGCGUGUAUCCUAAAGAGGGGUCGUUCUCUCUGUCAGUAUGCACCUUUUACAGAUUGUAUCUAUUUAUUUAUUUAUUUUUUCCCAGAAGAGAAAAAAAAAAACAAUGUGUGAGGAUGUGACUUUGUAUGUGUCCGAGUGGUUACUAAUGUAUUCUAAAAAGCAGAUUUUAAGCCUAGACAGUAAAUUAAGGUAGCAUUACAAGUAUGGUAUUGUGUGUGUGCGCGUGUGUGUGUGUGUGUGUGUGUGUGUGUGUGUGUGUGUGUGUGUGUGUGUGUGUGUGUGUGUGUGUGUGUGUGUGAUGAUGGGCCUCCUUAACACAGGGUUACCAUGGACAGGCAUGCUUCCAAAGCUUUGUGAUUUCUUUAGCACGGUUUUUACUUUUUAGCCAAGCUGCAGAGUCUGACACCACUUUAUUUUUUUGGGAAAUGUAAUAACUUUUCUUUAUUUCUCUGUUUAGAGGUUUAUUAGGCGUAAAGAUGACAGCGAAGUCAGAGGGACAGCUAAGUUUACAGUGGCUGUGAGUUUCGGCGUUGCAGCUCGGCCCAGAAGGGAACGAGCCUUUUGGCGGGUUGCUGCUGUUUCUUCUUCUUUGUGGUGGAUGGCCUCUCUGAAUGGUAGAAGCACCAAACUCGCACUGCCACAUGAAUGGACUGGGGUGAGGGGGGGGGGGGGGUGACGCCCUGAUAACUCGGCUGUGACACACCAUAAUCACCUGAUUACAUCAUAUAAUCGUAGUUUAAACUCCAAAUGAACUAUUAGGGCUGGUGUACAGAUGCUGCAAGACUUCUGAAUCACAUCUCUUUGUCUGAGGUCUGUUCAUAUCACAGAACAUUAUGAUUUACUGUCAUUUUUAGAAAGAUAACAGCUCCCUGUCUGUAUUAACAUCUGCUGGUAAAAGUGAUUGCUGAAGAAAUAUACCACAGACAGGUCAUUUACAGUCAAUUGAUAAGAUGUGAUAAUUGUUUGAUUACAUGAGAAAUGAUUGGAUCCGAUCAAAACUGUCCUGGAGAUUUUUUGUCCUUUAAUUUUCUUCUAAUGGCGUUAAGGUAGCAUGCUGACAAACUUUUCACUGACCUUUCUCUGUAAUAGUUUGUUUCUGGAUUAUAGUUUGCAUUCACUUGCGAAGGUAUGACCACAGUCCGCCAUGGCCAGUUAUGGACCUUCAGCCUUCGGUACAUUACACAGAGCAUGGGUAUCACCUUGUUAUUAUAUCUGUAAAACAUUCCUACUGUCAGAAUCACAUCCUUGAUGCCAAUUGUCUUUUAUUCAUUUGUUAACCACCUUUUAUAAUAGUUAAAAUUAAUCUCUACGAUGGGAUGAAAUCUGAUUUUAAAAAAACAAUGCUGUUCCCACGGCAACUCAGAUGCACAGUCGACUCAACACUAGUGUCAAAAGUCUGGUGGAUGUGGUCCAAAGGAUUUCGUAGAAACGUGCGUUUGAUGAUGAGAGCGUUGACAACAGUUCUUUUAAACCCUCAUUAGCUCUAAAGAAAUUCCAAAUACGUUGCGAUUGAUUUUACCUCUCACCAAAACAUUCUAUCACAUUUCACCAUUUCACUGAUUUACCGUUGUGGUCGUGUGAAGCAGAGGAGGUUUAUGGCGGGUGGGGGGAU